CGAGAGAGAGCAGAGGAUGGCCCAGGUUAGUGCAGGGACCGUGGGGGCUGAGGAGGGUACAGGUGUCUGUGUCAUCAUGAAGGCCAGCUCCCUAGGACUACACCCCAGUUGACAUGGGGACUCAGUGCACACUCAGGUGGUAACAAGGCACGGUGAGGUCCAGAAUCUUCCAUGUGGAAGAUGAAGUGGCCAAUGGAAGAUGAGGAAGCCACACUCCACGGUCAUUUAGGGGCAGACAUUGGGGAGGACAGGCUGACGGCUGGCAGCAACUCUGUUCUGUGCUCCGCUCUGCAGGCAGCAGUCUUUAUGCAAAGCCCUGGAAGAGUGACCUUCACUGACCUGGCGAGGUCAUCAAACUCUCUGCUCACCUGGACAUCCUGAGGAGAGACCCAGGACCAGGCAGCACAUUGUCACUUUCUGAGAACUUGACUUCUUUUACUCACACACACAGGGUGUUGAAAAAGCUCCUUAGAACAGCUUCUCUCCUAUGGAUAACAAUGUCAUUACUCCCCAAACUAUUAAAAGAGAGAAGGGCAGGGGCUCCAGGGGGCUUCUGGGGGCUGGUUACAUAGGUCUAUGCUGUUUGUGAAAAUUCACUGGGCUCUGCCCUUAAUCCACGUGCACUUUGCAGCAUAAAUGUUGUUCCUCAAUAAAAAAUGAAAACCAGAGAGGCUGGGGAAAGAGAACUAGCACUGAGUCUGUCUCUGCACACGCCCUUUCCGUAGGGUCUGUCAUCUCAUCCCGUCUCACAGUGACCCUGGCUGGAAGGUAUUAGCCCCAUUUCACAUGGACACAAGGCUGAGUCCAGGGACGGGUUUUACAUGAACUGUAGGAAUUCAGAAGGAUUUCCCUUAAAGCUGAGGAUACAAUCUGGGCUAGGCAGAUUAGACUAAUGAUAACAGUGAAGGAACAGGAAAUAAAACAUUGUUUCUAGAUGAGUGCUGAUCUUUGAUUCAGAAUCCAAGAUCCAAUGUUGAUGGAUCAGAUUUCGGUCCCAGGCCUCUCUGAUUCCAAGCCCUAUGGGAUUUCCUUAUACUAAUCCUUCUGAUAACAACCACACAUCAUAUUGAAUAAGCAUGUAUGGUGCAGGACAAUUUCAUGUAUCAUUCCAUUUGUUUUAGAAUGAUGGAGCCCAGUGUUGACCGGCCUUCUCAGAGCACAGGGAACAUGGUCAAGGCAAGCUCAUCUAUGGCUGUAGAGCCAUAGAGAUGAGGCAGGGAGAAGGAAACAAGGACAUUCAACACCAAGUUUAUAACAUUGUAUAGGUUUCAGGUGUACAAUAGUAUAAUUCAACAUCUAUGUACACUACAGCAUGCUCACCACCAAAAGUGCAUUUUUCAUCCAUCAGUGUAUAAUUGAUUCCCUUUACCCAUUUUGUAUUCUCCCCAAUGGUUUCUUUAAACAUGACAACAAAAGCUCAAGCAAAGUAAGAAAAAUAUAGGUAAACUGGACUUCAUCAAAAUUAAAAACUUGUAUGCUUCAAAGGAUCAAGAAAACCAUCAAGAAAGUGAAAUGAGAAUAACCCACAGAAUGACAGAAAACAUUUAUAAAUCAUAUAUCUGAUAUUGUAUACAGACUAUAAAGAACACUUACAAUUCAACAAUAAAAAGAUAAAUAGCCCAAUUUUAAAAUGGACAAAGGAUCUGAACAGACAUUUCUCCAAAGGUAGACAAAUGUCCAGUGAGCACAUGGAAAGACUCUUGACAUCCUUAGUCAUUAGGGAAAUGCAAAUCAAAACCACAGUGCGAUGCACCCCCAGGAUGCCUACAGUCAAAAGUCAGAGAAGAGCAAGUGUUGAAGAUGAUAGGGAGCGACUGGAACCCUCACACACUGUGGGUGGGAAUGCAAGAUGGAGCAGCUGAUCUGGAAAACUAUGGGACAGUUCCUAAAUGCUAAAUAUGAAGUUACUGUAUGACCCAGCCAUUCUGCCCCCAGGUAUAUACCCCAGACAUGAAAACAGGUGUCCAUACAAAAACUUGUAUGUGGAUUUUCAUAGCAGCAUUACUCUCAAUAGCCCCAAAGUAGGAGGAAUCCAAAUGUCCAUCUACUCCUGAUGGAGAAAUAAAAUGUGAAAUAUCCAGACAAGGAAUAUUAUUUAUCCAUAAGAACGAAUGAAGUGGUGAUACAACAUCAACAAAUCUUUCACUAUGCUAAGUGAAGGAAGCCAGUUACAAAGACCGCAUAUUGUCUGAUUUCAUGGAUAUGCAAUGUCCAGAACAGGCAAAUCCAUAGAGACAGAGAGUAGACUAGUGGUGGCCAGGGGAGGGGGGAGAUGGGAACGUGAAGUGACUGGAAUUGGGGACAGAGUUUCUUUCGGGGGCAAUGAAAACGUUCUGAAAUUAGAUAGAGGCGAUGGCUGCACAAUUCUGUGGCUAUACUACAACCCACUGAAGUGUAUAUUUUCAGUUGGUGAGCAUUAUGUAUGUGAAUAAAGGUGCUAUCAAAGUAAAAGAUAAAGCACCAAGCUGUUCCCAAGAAAGAACUCCAGGGGCAGGAAGGGCUGGGUGCCAGAGAGCAAUGGAGCCUGGUAAACAGAGGAGCAGAGUAAGAAGUGGGGAGACCAGUGCCUUCCCCAAGUUGGCCCCUUGUGUGUUACCUGAUUGAGGUAGUGGAACGUCAAAUAGUCACUCAUGUCUAAGGGCUUUAAAACGGAGCUGGGAAGCCAUGAAGGAAAUGGCUCCUAUACACAUCCUUAGGGAGCAGCACAUGACCUUCUGAAAUGAGUAACCGGCAAGAACCUGCAGCCCCUCACAGUGAUGGGCUUUUGCCCCCCUCUAGCUGGACUUAGCACUCAAUUAUUUUUAGCCAAGAUUAGCUUUCUGCUCCCAAACCCAAUUAACAUUCUUAGUAUGCAAACUUCCCUUUCGGUGUCUUUAAAAGCCUCUGACUUUUACUCCCUAGGGGGACACUAUUGGGGUUUCUAUCCGAAUCUGUGCUCCCUGAAUUGCAACUCUCUGAUCCCACAAUAAACGCCUCUCUGCCUCUCAUUUUCGUUCUUCACUUGUAGGUUAAUCAGGCCAGUGGUGCGUGUCUGACUCCUGCCCAGCACUUGGGUUUCUGUUUUGACUCGAGCCACAAUAUCAGCAAAAGCUGCAAAGCGAAUAUGCUCCUGAUCUUUUCGAUUUGUUCUGUCUUCUAGGCUUAGCCUGAAAGCUGACUCUGUAAAUGGGCCCUUUGCACAGCGCUGCCAGGACUUGGUUAAAGUCACUGAGGAGUUUCCAGCAAAGGUACAGCUCUGCUAGCGUCUCUGCGGCGUGUCUCAUGCACUCCUUGAGAAACGUUUUACUGAUCCCCACCUCUGAGCACUGGCCUACGGAGGCCUGACCUGCACCGUAACCAUCACAUUCACAGACACAGAGAAACCCGUGGACAUGCAGGCCAGGAUCGCGCCAGGCCUCCCCGCAGCCGCUCUGCUCCCGCUCGGGCUCACCGGCGUCCUGUGAGUGUGGCUCGGCUCUGCGACCAAGACCACCAUUCGGCUACCGGCGCCAAAAUGUCAUAAUAAAGGCGCGCGACGCGUCACGUACCCCGGCCUGGCUGAAACUACGUCGCAACCUUUGCAGGCUGCCACCACAAAAGGCGCAUGCGCAAAAGGAAGAAACUCGCGCUGGGGCCGAAGACGACGCUGAGCGCCCAGGAGAUGGACCCGGACAAGCCGUGCAGGCGGCGGACUGCGCCAUCCACCCCGCUGUGUUCAGUGCCGGCAGCUGGCUUGGUGCUCCUCUCAGUUGCCCACCAUGGCCCGGGGACUGCCCAGCACCACCAGCCUGGCGCGAUUCUGCCAGAAGCUGAACCGGCGGAAGACACUGGGGGAGUCCUGCAUGUUGUCACAGCAACGCCAGACCACAUGGGACUUGAUCCUGCUGGGUGUGGAUAUGAUGAUGGGCGCAGGCAUUUACCUGCUCACAGGCAUUGUGGCCAAGGAGAUGGCCGGCCCUGCAGUGCUCGUGUCCUUCGGCGUGGCUGCCAUGGCCGCCCUGCUCGCAGCCCUAUGCUAUGCAGAGUUAGGGGCAGAUGUGCCCUGCACAGACUCUCCCUACGAGUUCACCUACCUGUCCAUGGGUGAGCUGUGGGCCUUCCUCAAUGGCUGGAAUGUGACCCUCGGGUGCCUCUUUGGUGGAGCCAACAUGGCCCGCACCUGGAGCAGCUACCUGGAUGCCAUCUUCAGCCACCGCCUCCGAAGCUUCACUGAGGCCCAUGUGGGCACCUGGCAGGUGCCCUUCCUGGCCCAGUACCCAGACUUCUUGGCUGCUGCCAUCCCAAUUUUGGUCUCCACAUUGGUCUUCUGCGGACACCGCGUCUCUUCCUGGCUCAAACGCACCUUACUUGCCAUCAACCUGGCAGUCAUCCUCUUCAUCAUCAUCCUGGGGUUUGUCCUGGCCUGCCCGCACAACUGGAGCACUGAGGAGGGUGGUUUUGUGCCCUUUGGCUUCUCUGGCAUCAUGGCUGCUGCCGCUACCUGCUUCUACAGUUUCCUGGGCUUUGAUGUCAUUACUUUCUCCAGUGAGAAGAACUGCACCAGAAAGCGAGCAGUGCCCAUGGCCAAUGCCAUCUCACUUGGCCUGGCAGCUGGUGCCUACAUCCUGGUCUCCACAGUCCUCACCCUCAUGGUGCCCUGGCACAGCCUGGACCCUUACUGGGCACUCGCUGAUGCCUUCUAUCAACGGGGCUACAGCUGGGCGGGCUUCAUUGUGGCGGCUGGCUCCAUCUGCGGAGCCCAGAGGAAGGACCAAGGAAAGCUUCAGGAAGAAGGGCCCUCUGAGCUGACACUGCAGAUUCUGAAGUUCAACAAGCGAAGCUGGGGAGGGAUGUUCCCGGUGGAGGAAGCCGCACAUGGGACGCUGGAGCAGGAGAGAGAACUGGGACCCACAGAGAGAGAGCAUGACUCUGGCUCCAGAGAGGAGGGUGGCUGGCUCUGCAACGUCCCCCAGGCCCUCCUGUGGGAUGCUCCUGUAGAGCUGCUCCACCCGGCAAGCAAGCGCAGGAACUGA